UCAAGCGUUUCGCUCACUAUCCCUACCAUUGCCUACAGUCACACGAAGAUUGGAGAAGAUUGAGGGAUUUGAGGGUAGGGUAGUUGAUUUGAUAUCUGUCAUUAAUCAUCAUUAAACAAACUGAUGUGAUAAUAGAACGAUAAGCUACAAUGGAUGCAAGUGAAACCAUCACAGAAUUGAAGAACAGUGAAGCGAAUAUGCCCGUGCCGAAAAUAAAACAUGAUUGGUAUCAGACAGAGACCCAUGUAAUUGUAACAAUACUCGCCAAGAAUGUGGAAAAUACGAAAAUAGGAUAUGGAGAAUGUACAUUAAGUGUAUCUGCAAAGUUACCAUCUGGCAAUGAAUAUAGUUUAGAGUUAGAUUUGGCCAACUUUAUAGUGGUGGAACAAUGUACGUACAAAAUAUUGCCGUCCAAGAUAGAAAUCAAACUGAAAAAACGAGAUGAUAUUAGAUGGACGACACUAGAAGGAAAUCCAGUUUUAAAUCAAGUAAAACCUAUACCAACUGAAAUACUUCAAGCUGGCAAAGAAGCAUCCAAGUAUCCAAGCUCCUGUAAAAAAUCUAAAGAUUGGGAUAAAGUUGGAAAGGAAAUAGAACAACAAGAGGCAGCAGAAGAAAAUGAGGGUGAGGCUGCAGUGAAUGCUCUUUUCCAAAAGAUAUAUGGUAGUGGAUCCGAUGAAGUGAGACGCGCGAUGAACAAGUCCUUUAUAGAAUCUGGUGGCACUGUCUUAAGCACUAAUUGGGGCGAAGUAGGAAACAAAACAAUCGAAAGAAAACCACCAGACGGAAUGGAAUGGAAAGCGUGGGACUCAUAAUUUAGAAUGAUUUUUCAAAUUCGAUUUUUAUUAUUUCUUGCAUGAAUUGACCAUGUUUAAUUAUCCCUAUAUCACAUGUACUGUAAUAUAAGAAGAUAUAUAAGUAUUGUUCGUUUUUUCUCUCGGGAGCUGCUCGGAGUCGCUCUUAACGAAUCCAGCAUACUUGGAUGCAAUCCAUUUAAUGCUGUAAAUACCUCAAAACAUUCUUUGAUUGAUCAAUUUGUAAAAUUUUUUCUUCUGAUUGAUCAACGAAGCAUUUGCAGUAUUAAAUGGAUCAUAUCCAAGUAUGCUGGAUUCGUUCAGAGUGACUCCGAGCAGCUUCCGAGAGACAAAACGAACAAUACUAUAUGUAUAUAUACUGAGUCGUCCGGAAAAUC